AUGAUUUCAUCUAAGGAACUGGAACAGUUUACUUCUGAUAUGCAGAAAUUGCUUGAACCACUGGAGGCUGAAAUACAGUUAGAAGUGAAUAUCACAGAAGAAGACUUCAACAAAGAUAUGAGUGAAGAUAAUGAUGGGCAGAUUAGAGAGUUGUUGCAAAGAGGAAAUAAACUCAAAAUUGGAGAUGAUAAAAAGAGAGAAGAAAUUAGACUGAAACAACAACUCCUACAAUCAAAAUAUAAAGCUCUCAAGGAUUUGAGAUCUCAAAGAAGAAAAAAAAAAGGCCCUGGAAAUUUCUCAUCAGCGGUAGAGUACAAAAGACAAUCUGAUGAUUUACUUAAAUGUUUGGAUGAUAUUGAAAAGAAAAUAAUAGAUAGUCUUCCAGAACCCAAAGAUGAACAGAAGCUUAAGAUGAACUAA